UUCUAAUCUAGUUUUCAGAAUGCUUCGUAAUUGUACCAACGUAGAAAAGUUAUAAAAAUUUUGGAAUUUAUAGCUCUUUAUUUAUAAAAUUUAUCUCCCUAAACUUUGUAAAAAAUUAUUGAAGUAGUUUUCCAGUUCUGGAAUCAUUGGUGAAGUUACUUUCCAAGUAUAUUUAGCUUCCGUUCAAAUGCUACAAUGGCGGUUAUAAGACUUCGAGGUUGUUCUGUCAUGUUAAGAGUUUGUUUUUAAUUUUAACACAACAAUUGAAUGACGUUUUUAAACCGUAAAUUAUUGCCUACAUUUCAAUUUGUAAAUUUUUUAAGUAACCCUACCUAAAGGGUAGGAGGAUUGUACAUAAAAAAUGAAUAACAGAGGACAGUGGAACAUGCAUCAAUAUGGUUUUAAUCAUCCGAGGAAUAGGAUGCAACAACGAAACAAUUAUCAACAUCCUGUAUACAAAAAUUACCCACCUAAUUUCAGGCAAUGGAAACCAAACAUAAUGGGCUUUGAGCAGGAUAGAUAUCAGAAUGACUUCAGGCCCAAUAGAGGAUAUAAUAGACAAAACCAUAGGAUGAUAAAUACUAAUGGUAAUAAUAAUGGAAGACGAAGAUCAUUUGGUGACAGAAAUUGGGUUUUGGAAGAAGAUUGUUUUCAGGAACCAGAUCAUAUUAAUUUUAUGCCUGUCCAUCAUGAAAGAAAAAUAUUUCACAGGGAGUCUUCACUUCCUCCUCCAAUAAUGAGAAAUAGGAUUCAUGAAUCAAGAAAACCAGAAUUUUUCGAAAACAGAAGUUUACCUCAAUCACAAAGGAAUCCAGUUAAAAAAAAUAUUGAUGAUGAUUAUCCCUCUUCAGCUUUCAAGAGGACUAUAAAAGCGGAUCAAAAGAGUGAAGAAAUGCUUAUGACUUGGUCAGAUUCUGAAAGUGAUUCAAAAGAUGCAAGUUGGGUUGAUUCAGAUAUGGAUCAUAAAUCAGACGAACCAGAAACACCAACAAAAGUUGUUUUAAAAGAUGAGCAAAAACUGAUAUCAAUGAUUUGGAGUGAUGGAAGUGAUAAUGAAGAUAGCCCAUCAGCUACUGAUAAAAUUUCUUCACCAGCAAAAGGAAGAUGUCCUUUCAAAUACUCUAUGAAAUCUCUUCCGCGAUAUGAUGGGAAAACUAUAAUUGGAGAUGAAGGAAUGUUCGAAAUCAAAUCAUUUCAUUGUACUUAUUGCAAUAUAAUUUGUUUAGAUAAGGAGAAAAGUAAAACUCACAUGCUUUCAAAAUACCAUUAUAAGCAUUAUAAGAAAGAACUGGAAAAGUAUGAAGAAGAUUCAGAAUCAGAAAAUGGGAAUGAAGAAUGAAUACAUUUUGGGACAAUACUUGCUGUGAAAGAAAUAAUUUUUAAAUUAUUAUUAAAGCAGACAUUUUAAAUUUAGCUUAGAAUGAAUUAUGCACCCACAUUGUAUAUAGCAUAUCUAAAAGUUUUAAAAUUGUUAACAUUAUUUAGACUUAGAAUUUGAUGUCCUUGAACUCUUUUCUACUCUAAGCCAUUGUGUUUUUUUGUGUUAUUUGCUUAAAUGAUAUUUUAAUAUAAUCUAGCAAUAGAAUAAUCCAUUUAAAUUUUAAUUGUACAAUAAUUCCAAAUGUUAUUUUAAAGAAUAGCAUAGCGUAACAAGUUUUAGUUUUGAUACCAGAAUUGAUUAUUUUUCAUAUGAAGACUGGACAUCAAAAACAGGUACAGUGCCAAACCAAAAAUUUAGUUAAAAUGCGAUAAUUUUAGGCUAGUUAAAUGUCAUUUCCAUCUAACAGCUUAAAAAUUAUGCUAAAUGGCAAGAGUUAGUAAUAUUAAUUGUCUCUAGUAAUGAUUGUGGCAAUUAGGCUGUUGGCAAUGAAAUUUAGCUUUCCUUGUGUUAUCUAACUAAAUUUUUUUUUUUAUUGACUAGCGCAUUACUGAUUCCAGUCUUCAUUUCAGUUUUGGAAACAUGUAUAGUAUGCACUUUAAGAAAUAUUUUAUUUAUACUUUAUUUUAUUUGUGUAUAUUUAAAUAUAAGUUGGAUCAUAGAUACAUGAAUAAUUAAUAUACAAAUGUUAUCACAAUU